AUGCCUGGAGUUACCUCUGCGACGAUGAAACCCGAGACGCAGUCGACAACCAUCCAGGGUGAACAGUCCGAUGAUGACAAUCCCCUCGACGAGCUCCUCCACGCCGCCCAAAUCGAUGCCGACGAUAAGGACUCAGGCCAACAUGCUCUGACUCUACGAAUGUGGGUUAUUGGGACUAUCUUCGCAAUUAUUGGCUGUGGUCUCAAUACACUUUUUACACUGCGGAGUCCAUCAAUUAGCAUUGCUGCGUCCACCGCUCAGCUUUUGGCGUAUCCUGCUGGCCGACUAUGGGAUAAGGCUGUUCCUAGUCGUACCUUUCCGAUAUUUGGCAAGAGGUUUUCGCUCAAUCCGCAUCCGUUCAGCCCAAAGGAACACUGCUUGAUAUAUAUCAUGGUCAACAUCACCUACUUCACCCGCAUGACCGCAGACCUGCUGGUGGAGCAAAAGAGAUUCUUCGGGCUCGACUCUGGUUGGGGAUACCAACUACUCAUGAUUCUGUCGCUGUUUCUUAUUGGAUUCGCAUUUGCCGGUCUCACUCGAUCAGUUCUCGUCGAACCUCGCAAGAUCAUCUGGCCAGGGGUACUGAGCGCCACGGCUUUGAUGUCUGUGCUUCAUAACCGCAAGAUGUCUCCAGAGGAAAGCGACACCUCGAACCGCCCUGAGUCGGAUAGUCAGCGUCCCCGGAGGAUGUCCGGAUUCGCCUUCUUCUGCCUCAUCUUUGCGGUCUCGUUCUGCUGGUACUGGCUGCCGGACUUUAUCUUUCCUGCGCUGAGCUACUUUAGUUUCGUCUGCUGGAUUAAGCCGGGAAGUACUGUCAUUAACCAAGUGUUUGGUGUAUCUUCGGGGAUGGGUCUCCUACCAUUCACCUUUGACUGGAGUCAGGUUGCAUAUGUCGCAUCUCCACUGCUUGUUCCCUCCUGGGCUAUCAUCAACAUUGCCGUUGCCCUAGUCAUCUGGGUGUACAUUGUCGCUCCUGCUUGCUACUAUAGUAAUGUGUGGAACACGGCCUACCUACCGUUUCAGAGUUCUUCUAUCUUUGACAACACCGGGAACGUCUACAAUGUCAGCCGGAUAAUAAGCGAUGGAUGCUUCGAUGUCGACGUUUCAAAGUAUGAAAGUUAUUCUCCGGUAUACAUGCCCAUGACAUACGCUCUGAAUACCUUUGCUUUAGCAAUUGCCACACUAGCAUCUCUUAUCUCAUGGACGGCCCUGGAGCACCGCAGUUCCAUUGCGACUGUUCUCCGCGAAUCGACAAGACUGAGGCUAUUCUCUAAGCGCAACACACGACCAAACCAGGGGGCUUCGGACACCGGCGAUGUCCCAGCAUGGUGGUAUCUCAUUUGUCUAGCUCUCGGAAUAACACUUGCAAUCUUCGCGAUUGAAUACUGGUCGAUCGAACUACGGUGGUACGGCGUUCUGCUCGCUUUUGCUGUUGGUGGGAUAUUCUUCUUUCCUAUAACCCUUCUAUACGCGAAUGCAAACAUGAAGGUCGGCAUUGAGGUCUUCUGCCGCAUCAUCGCGGGAUUCGUCUGGGAAGGACGAGUUGUAGCUAACACGUGGUUCGUCGGGCUCGGAUACACGACUAUCCUCGACGGUCUUUCCUUUGCGCAAGACAUGAAGCUGUGUCUAUACUACCAUAUCCCACCCUUCGAAGUCUUCCUCGUGCAAUGGACCGGCAUGCUAAUCGGCACAAUCGGGCAAGUCGGCAUCGUAAACUGGGCGCUGGACAACAUCAAGGAUAUCUGCACCUCGAACGCAAUAAAUGGAUUCACAUGCCCGUUUUCACAGACGAAUUUCAACACGAGCAUAAUCUGGGGCGGUAUCGGGCCGCGACGAUUCUUCUCCCCGAAAUCCGGGUACAGAUCUCUCUUCUACCUGCUUAUCAUCGGCGGACUCCUCCCCGUCAUCAUGCAUGUCCUGAAACGAAAAUAUCCAUGCUCGUUCUGGAAACAUGUUAGUGUCCCGCUAUUACUUGGCGGAUUGAACUAUAUCCCGCCAGCGACGGGAAUGAACUACGGGAGCUGGGCUAUCGUUGGUAUUUUCUUUGGGGUGUUUCUGCGCAGGCGGCAUAAUGGGUGGUGGCGGCGGUAUAAUUUUAUCCUGAGUAGCUCGCUCGAGUCAUCGGUGUCGUUUGGAGGGAUGAUUAUUUUCUUUGCGGUGUAUUACUCGGGGGUUUCGGGGAAGUUGAAGUGGUGGGGGACGGAGGUUUAUAAGGAUACUUGUGAUUAG